CAGAGCCCGAGGCAAAGCGCAUUGGGAGAAGCCAAACAUGCAAGUGGCCAUCCUUUCAUGCUCACGCCUGCGGCGGGGGGCAGCGAGCCCAGGAUCCCAUCACCAUGCGCUCAGCUUUUACGAGACGCCAGCCCGGUUACUUGUGCCCGGCAGCCAGAGCCAGGCUCACUGAAAAGCCCUGAAUUUGACGACUUGGAGAUACCAGAUUACAUCGAGUCAGGCCUGCCAGAGUUCGAUAUAGAUGAGCUGCUUCAGGCUGAUCUAUCGCACCCUGGAAUCCAGGGUGAUGCAUUUUCUCUAGGUAGCACGCUUGCGUCUAGCACUUCACCAGAAGACAUAACAGGCUCACACAAUGGCACAUACGAUCUUGCAAGGAGCACUGACAAUUCACUAUCGGAUGAUAUGGAUUGGAUAUCAUAUACGCAGGCCAAAUGCAGGGUUGAGCCAGCUGGAGAAUAUGUGAGGAAUGAGCCAGCACAGAGACCACCAUCCAGGACGCCGUCUCAGGAUAGGACUUCUACAGCAGCCUCCUCGCCUCGAGUAGUGUCAACGGGCGGGGGCUCCGGGGUCUCUACUCCGGUAAAUAUUCGCCAGACGCGGCCAAGUCCAACCAGUCGCACAGCAAUACGUUCGAAGAACCCACCGCCUUGCCGGUGUGUUGGUGUGACACUCUCCCUUCUGGAGCGAAUACAAGGGCACAGGAAGUCAACCAGUCUUUGUGUGGCAGAGACAGCGCUACACUCCCUGAAGGGAUCCAUAUCACAAUGCCAGGCACUGGCCGGCUGCCGAUCAUGCCCCAGCCCAUCACGGCUCAUGGCAUUUUCGGUAUUGUUAGUAGAGAAGAUGGCAGGGAUGCUGGAGGACAUGGCUUCCAUGUGGGAGCAGGUCACAACGGCUUCAUCAGGGGCGGAAGCGGCCGCAGAGGGGGAUGCGCUCCAGGUAGAUGCGGACGGAAGCGGGUGCGAGUGGGCCCCGAUUCAUCUUGGCCAAUAUCGGAUAGACACAGCGGGUGAGUGGCAGGAGGUAUUUGGGUUCUUGGUGCUACUCCAGGUGCGACGCCUAAGCAGCUUCUUGGGGAGGUUACGAAGCAAUGCUGGUAGAGAAGGCUUGGAAUCGCACCGGAGUGCCUUGGCGUCCGUGGCCCUCAGGGUUCAGGAACUUCAGGAAGCAUUGGCCCGCUGGCCUAAGCCUUUUGCUCGGACAGCGCGCGUGUCGGGAGGAUACCUCCGUACUGUGACACGCGGCCUAUCUUCCGACCGAUCUGUGCUUGUCGCCCAGUACCACCAAGCCAGAUGGCGGGAGAGAGGCUCUUGCGGCUUGCCUGAGGUGGACUAG